GUGAUGGAGCAGCUGGGUGAUGCUCGUAUCGACAGACAGGAGAACAGCAGACAACAGCGUAAGGCUGAGAUUCUGGAGAGUAUCAAGAGGCUGUAUCCUGGAUCAGUGUACGGGAGACUGAUUGACCUGUGCCAGCCCACACAGAAGAAAUUUCAGAUUGCUGUUACUAAAGUUCUGGGCAAAAACAUGGACGCCAUCAUUGUGGACUCUGAGAAGACGGGUCGUGACUGUAUCCAGUACAUAAAAGAGCAGCGUGGGGAACCCGAGACCUUCCUGCCCCUAGACUACCUGGAGGUCAAGCCCACAGAUGAGAAACUGCGUGAGCUGCGUGGUGCUAAAUUGGUGAUUGAUGUAAUUCGCUAUGAGCCACCACACAUUAAGAAAGCCCUGCAGUACGCCUGUGGAAAUGCCCUGGUCUGUGAAAAUGUGGAGGAUGCUCGCAGGAUCGCCUUUGGAGGACCAUACAGACACAAG